CUUGUGGCAACAUAGCACAGUCUAUAGCUCACUGCCACCCUCCAUCACCCUCUACAACAUCACGUCACAGUAAGUCCAUUUUCCAGAGAAAUACCCUUCACAAGGAUCAGCAUCACAAAAACUGAAGAUUGAAAAUAUAUUUAUCUUGUAAUGGAAAAUAGAAGUCGUAGACUUUCAACAAAUUCUUGCCAAGAUUAUGUGGUUUGCCACCAGAAGACCAACCAAGGCUGCCAUUCAUUGUCAAAGAGUUCUUCUGCUCUGACAUCUAGUGACCAAGGAGACUCGCAAAAGACCAGGCAGAAUAUCCAUAAAAGUCUGAAAAAUGUCCUCCGCACAUCUGAAUGCAAGGAAACAAAUAGCAUUCAGUCUUCAAACAGCACUGAGUGGCCUCUUAUCCAAGAUGAAGACCUCAAUUUGUUUUUAGAACAUACAAACUACAGUCAUCUUGCCAUUGACCACACAAAUGAAAAACCUAAGCACAUGAACCAUUUGGCUGUUGAUUCAUCUGUAGAACCCAGAGAUGAAGGGGGCACAGUAAGUUUUGUCAGAAGCAACGUAUCAGAGAAUCACUCAUUAUUGGGCACCUCUGAAACGAAAGAAUAUGAAGUUCAGAAUGUAGACAGGCUUGGAAUACAAGGCACAGGGGUUCAAAAAAGCUAUUCUGAUUUCUUCGGUUGUAGCAGGAGUCCCCUCACUAGCCCUUUCAUGACACACAAUAGAAAUAGUGCCACUUAUUCUGUCUUAUGUUCGUCUAGCAGUUUUUCUGGUUCAUUCAGUGAUGGGAUAAGCAGUGCAACAAAUGACUCUGGAACAGCCUGCUCUCCAUCAAACCAUCAAAAUGAUUUAACUGAGGUGAUGAAUUCAGUAAGAGAUGAAAAUAUUCCCAAAGGACAUUUGAACAAUAGCACCAUUCAGCACAACAUUACAGUCUAUGCAGUAUCAGGCACAUACGAACAUGGAGUUUUAGGACCAAAGAAUUCUGGGAAUGGUUUCCCACAAAAUACACACUUGUUCAGCCAGUCACAUUAUAAUAUUCCAGGGGUGAUGUCCUGUGAUAACAUAUCUGACAUCAGACAUUCUCCACCACCAAUGAUCAUUCAUAAUAGCUGUACUCUACAUUGUUGUAAAGGCCACGAGCCUAUGAUGAAGGUGGAUGAUACAAUUGCGGCAUAUUGUCAUGCCAUGCCUAUAUCAUCGGUUCAGUUUUCCUCUGGUCUAGACUGCUCAGUUACUGAAUCUGGGAUAGGACCACCUCCACAACAUUUUUAUUCCCUUUUACCCCCUCCCAUAACUUUUCCUAAACUAGUGUCUUCUGUUAGUGAAUCUGGACUGGAUGCAAAGAAAUUGAUCAAGUGUGGUCGGUUGGCCUUUCCAGCAGCACCAGUUUCCUUUGGUGAACUACAGUUGCACAGUUCUUCAGCACAGGGUAGCAAUGAACUACUUAUAAUCAAUAAUUCUGAAAGGUCAUCAGAUAAUCUCCAAACAAUAGAUUCAAGCACAAAAAUGAAAGACACAUGGACUAUGACUUCAAUGAACUGCUUAGCCAUGGGGCCAAAGUUUACACUUGAUUUCAGAGAUGCAGAGGUUCAAACUGUUAUUAUCAUGGAAAAUAAAUCGGUUUCGACUAGCCCCCGUUUUCAGAACUCUGGCCAUUCUCACUUAUUUCCAGAUGUUGGAAUACCACUAAAUUUGCAGUGUCCCAAAUCUCCAGUACGUGAAGUAAGGUGGGAUGAAGAAGGCAUGACCUGGGAGGUAUAUGGUGCAGCAGUUGAUCCUGAGGUUUUGGGUUUAGCAAUACAGAAACAUUUGGAGAUUCAGAUAGAACAGAAUUUGCAAUCCAACGAGCUGUCUGAAGAACAUCCAGUGAAACUGUCUCCUAAAGAAAAGAGAAGGUCACUUAGAAAUGUCAUCCAUUCUCUUCGACAAUCUAACUGCUGUGUGCGUACCAACUCUACAUCUGAGUGAUACCAGUGAGUGCGGGACUGGAUUGCACAUUUUGCAGAUUCACGUUUUGCAAUAGCCUGGACUUAAUUAUGGUGCUCGGUUCCAGUAGCUAUACGAAAUAGGACAAAAAUGUACAACAAAUGGUGACAUUGUCAACUGGAUUUAUAGGCAUAUAUGAUUAAACAGGGCUUCUGGUUCCACCAUACUUUUGUGCCUUGGAGUACAUCAUUACAGAAAUCCAACUCUAGCUAGCUGCCUAUUGCCAUUGCUUGUUCACAUAAUUUAAAUGUGCCAGGCACAAAAGAGGGGAGCUGUUUAUGGACAACAAGGGAAGUAUUUUGCCUAAGGAGAAAUGUUCAUAUUUAUGUAAUUGCUCUACCGUCUUUUCUCAUCAACGCAACUUUGUUAUGUAUUAUUAAUUGCAAUAAUUAGACCAGAUUAAACAUUAAUAAAAUAGCUCAGUCAUUAGGGCUUCAUCGGCAGUAUCUCAGAAUCACUGGUUCAGUUCCCAGCAAAGUUUAAAAAAUAAGUACCAAUCAAUCUGAUAAUAACAUAGAUUUCAGCACAAUACUCGAAAGUUAAUUAUUUCUUUAUAUAGAU